AUGUCCCGUCGAUUCCUCAACCGGUCGCAAGUGACUUCUGCGUCUGCUGCUUUAUUAUACUCCAGGAGAGGCGUCAGUAAACCAAGUACGGAUGCCGCAGCAUCACCUCUUCCGCCGCUGCGCUGCCCCGGAGGGCCACGCGUAAAGGCGGAGGGCCUUAAACAACUUUUCAAAGUACCGCACGCCGGUUACCUUGCCAAGUAUGGCCAGCGCUUCAUUUUGAACCUGAAGCUUACACACCAGGUAGCAGCGCUGCUUAGUCGCACAACGCUACGCACGCCGGACAAGUUGUUGCUGGAACUGGGCCCUGGUGCAGGGGCUUUGACUCGUAGCCUGUUAACUCGGCCGUGUGUUGGUGUGUUGGGUAUUGAACAAGAUGAACGAUUUAACGGUCAUCUCGAGCAGAUACGGCAAUACACAAAUGGCAAGUUCCAGUGGACGAAUGGUGAUGUGCUUCGUAUUAAUGAAUUGGAAAUAGUGGAAUCGCUUUAUGCAGGAUUUGCGCAGCAGCACCGUCGGAAGCCAGCGGCAGAUGCACGUGAGCGUGCGAGUAGCGACGGGAAUAAAAGCGAUGGUGGGGAAGCAUGCAGUAGCGGUACUAAGGACAGUGGCUGCUGCACGGGCGAUUUUUACUGCGAGGAUGCUCCACUGCGGAACGUACAACGGGAGAAGAUUCUUCGAAAGCGAUUCGGAAAAUAUGCAGCUUUUAACCACGACACGGCUAGUGGACAAAACAGCGGUUCUGCGGCGCCGAGUUCAGAUGUUUCUGGUUGUGCAUUCUCUUCUGAGUCGGUUGCAUUUGAGGUAUCCGACAGAUGGUGGUCAGACGGCGAUGCAAAACUUGAAGUGAUAGCAAAUCUCCCUUUUAACAUCAUAACUGAACUUCUGAUGCGUUAUGCUGUCGACUGCUCGCGUAAACAAAACCUUUUUGUUUUCGGUCGCGUUCCGUUACAUGUUUUCACGCAGCAGGAGGUUGCGGAGUGUAUCAUCGCCCCAGCGGGUUCCAUUCACUUUUCUCGCCUCUCCGUAUUGUGUCAGUGCUUUUUCCACACACAACUACUGCGGACAUUUCGAGAAAUGACGUAUUAUCCAAAAACUGCGGUUCUUGGUGCACUAAUUACCCUUCAACCUCGUGCUGUGCCAUUAUUACCGGGGCUCGAUGCGGCAACACUCAUACACUUCACGGACUUGUUGAUGCGCCCUGGGCAGCGAGGCAUGACAGUUUAUAAAGCAUUGCAGCAACACGUGCCUCCUGAAGUUGCCCAGUAUAUGUUGCAGGAGUUGCGUACAGAUGGCGCCUUGACUGUGCUUGAUUUAACUACGGAGGAGGUGUGUAAGUUGGCAACCUUAUGGCAUCGGUUUCUUGAGGCGUCCUCCCAACAAGCGCAUGGCUCAGGGACCUAA